UUCCUUUCUGCGGCUCACCGGGCUGCUGACCGGCUCAGACAGCCCUGAUGGAAAUCCUCGGUAGCUGAGCAGGCCCCUCCUCCUCCUCCUCCUCUAGGGACCGCGUCCUUGGCUAAUUUGUCUUUGUCCGGACAGGGGGAAAAGAGGGACAGAGAGAAGAAAAAGAAAAACCACAAACUUCCUUUGAAAGCCAGUUUGUAGGCACGGCCUGGAGCGCACGCCGGAGGCUCGGUGACUCGGGAAUCCUGAAGACUCUGGGAAGCCAGGCGGGACCGCCUGCGCUGUGCCUUGCUUGUCCUCGGCCCCGACCCUGCUCCAGCGUCCCCCGUAUUGGGCGUGUGUCCGGAAGUGGCAGCGACCCAGGCUGGACGCCGCGAGAGUAAACCCGUGUCAAGCCGUGUAAGCUCUGGGGCUGACAGCUGGGAGGCGGCUGGCGCAGUCGGCGCCCCUCAACGAUGUCCCCACCUCCCGCGUAGAACCGCCAGAGUUGAGUCCUCUCCCAGUGCCGGAACCUCAUCUACCUCUUUGAGGAAGCCCCUCCCUAAGCUUUUUGCUGGUUUGGGAUUGUGAUCUUGUGAGAGCUAGGCUGGUGACUCAAGGCCUCUAAUAUCAGCACAUGGGCGGCUGCGGUAGGAGCAUCACCAAGAAUUCUAGGCCAUCGCCUGGCAUGGCAGUGCACACUUGUAAUUUCAGCACUCAGGAGACAGGGAAGAAGCCAGCUGCACCCAGUAUCUCCAUCCUUUCCAAGCCUGAUAACCCAUGUCCAGUCGGCCCCAUCUGGUCACAGCAAGUCAGAGGUGGAAUGAGCUGAAUCCUGUUUAUACACUCUGAGAAAAACUUAAUCUGGAGCCAGAGUAGCCUACACAGUUCUCUUUGACUUUUCUUGUUCCCUUUGCUCUGUAAUUCAGUGACCUUGUAGGCCCAGUCUCUCUUCUACACACUAGAAUAGCCAUAGGCAAGGUCUCUGAGGUCUCAGAACACUUCACUCCCCUCAGCUGACUGUACCCACUAUGGAACAACCUCAGACUGAGAACCCAGCCCCUAGUAAGGCCACUAGUGCAGAAACUGUUGAAUCUGAAAACCAUGAGGCCCUGUCUGGACCAGAGAAGCAUCCUCAGGACAAGGAUGGUGCAGAUGCUGAUGGAGCAGCUGGAGAACAGGAGCCAGGAGACCAAACUUUGCCACCAGCCCAGGAUGGUGAAAAUCUUGAGUGUCCUCCUCCUGAAGCUAGCUCAAGUCCUCCUGGGCCAGCUUGUGGGACGUCACCUAAGGUAGAGACAGCAGAGGUGUGUUCCAGGCCACAGGAACUUCCCCAGUCCCCCAGGAUCCAACAGCCUGAGCUAGAUUUCUACUGUGUCAAGUGGAUCCCCUGGAAGGGAGAACGGACCCCGAUCAUCACCCAGAGCACCAAUGGUCCGUGUCCUCUUCUAGCCAUCAUGAACAUCCUUUUUCUUCAGUGGAAGGUGAAGCUGCCCCCUCAGAAGGAAGUGAUCACAUCAGAUGAGCUCCUGACACACCUUGGAAACUGCCUUCUGUCCAUCAAACCCCAAGAGAAGUCUGAGGGCCUUCAACUUAACUUUCAGCAGAAUGUGGACGAUGCAAUGACGGUGCUCCCGAAACUGGCCACAGGUCUGGACGUCAAUGUGCGAUUCACGGGCGUCUCCGACUUUGAGUAUACGCCGGAAUGCAGCAUCUUUGACUUGCUGGGAAUACCUCUAUACCAUGGCUGGCUGGUGGAUCCACAGAGUCCCGAGGCUGUGAGUGCUGUUGGGAAACUGAGUUACAACCAGCUGGUAGAGAAGAUCAUCACCUGUAAACACUCUAGUGACUCCAACCUCGUGACAGAAGGCUUGGUUGCGGAGCAGUUCCUGGAGACCACUGCGGCACAGUUGACCUACCAUGGCCUGUGCGAGCUCACAGCAGCUGCCACGGAAGAUGAACUUAGUGUCUUCUUUCGAAACAACCACUUCAGCACGAUGACUAAGCACAAGAGUCACCUGUACCUACUGGUCACUGACCAAGGUUUUCUACAGGAGGAGCAGGUGGUAUGGGAGAGCUUGCAUAACGUGGAUGGUGACAGCUGCUUUUGUGACUCGGACUUCCACCUAAGUCAUUCCCUAGGCAAAAGCCAUGGAGCAGAAGGUGGGGGUGGCUCUCCAGAGAAGCAGCUGCAAGUGGACCAGGACUACCUUAUUGCCUUAUCCCUGCAGCAGCAGCAGCAGCCACAAGGCACGUUGGGCCUCAGUGACCUGGAACUGGCCCAACAACUUCAACAAGAAGAGUAUCAACAACAGCAAGCAGUUCAACCUGUGCGAACAAGGGCUCCUUCGCCCCAGGGGAGAGGAGCCACAUCUGGACGUCCAGCUGGAGAGCGGCGGCAGAGGUCAAAGACUGAGUCAGACUGUGUUCUGCUCUGACUCUGCCCCCUACAGCCAGCUCAGGCUGUGACUUGCAGGAUCCCACCCCAUCUCAAUCCCUGAGACACAGAGAAUAACCUAUAUGCACUGUUGGGGAUCAGAACAGACAAUAGGUGCCAAGGUCAGACUUGGUACCAUCUUUGCCCUUGUACUGCUAUCUUCUCUUCCUCUCUUCCAAGGCCACAUAGGUGUGGGUGGGUGAAAAUCUCUGGUGCCCCACCCCCUUUCCUGGAAUAGUCCCGUGGAUACAUGGACCCAGGCUGCUUGCUGGUCAAGACACCUAUCUGGAAAGCAUCUCUCUUGUGUCCCUGCCUGUUUGCUCCUGGGCUACCCCACAGACCCUGCCGUCUUUGUUUUAGGGUUUGGUUUGAGUUUCUAUCUUUAUUAUUUUUAAUGCCUUCCUAGAGGUUUGGAAAUAAAACUUCUUUCCUGAGA